GCUUUUAAGUAUGUUUGUGCCCGGGUGACUAGGCGCAGCGGCCGGCCGCCUCCUGUUUGCUUUCGCUAUCUGGAAACGUGUUGCGGUUGUGACUAACUCUGUCUCGACUGCCCGAGGCCUCCCCCGCUACCUCUCUCCCUCUCUCCACCCCCCCCACCCCGAGCGCGACGAGGAACUGAAAGCGAUCCCGAAGUUGCCGAGUCAUGCUGAGGCUGGAGUUGCAGGGCGAGGGCAGGCGCGGAGCUGCGUGCCGGGGGCUGUUCUCGGCCGGUGCGAGCGAGAGGAGGGGACGGAGGAGGGAGAGGCCACCGAAGGCUCUGGCUGCGACUCUCGGCUUCACGGCUCUGGAAGGUGGAAGACUCUGACUCGGGACUCCGCAGUUGCAGCCAAAACCGUGGGCGUCUUUGAGCUGGGCUUUUUUUGUUGUUGUUGUUCCUUUUUUAUUAUUCAUAUCAUUGGAAGUCUUGACGACUUCUCUUCGGGGUGGUUUUCGGCUGAGGCAGCGUCUUUCCCGAGACUGUAGUCCGAAUCUGGAGGUUGGCCUGCUGCUGGUACGGGUUCCUGCACGGCGCUGCUGGAACUCCCCAGGGCGGACUUUUCCCAGCAUCCCCAGAAAAAUCGCCAAGACGGGGGUGUUGUCUCGCUGGAGGGACCUUCAGAGAACAGCGUAACGGUGUCAAAAUUCCAGUCGUUUUCUCCCUCUCUUUAACGAGGCGUUGAGCCAGAGGGGCUUCUGAUCAAGACCCAGCAGUGGCUGCAGAUCGAGGCAGGGGCCGCUCACUGCAAGGAGGCAUGCUAGGGCUGAAGGGUUCUGGGUAGGUUGGAUGCCUGCCAUGCCUCUGGGUUUUUUGGAAGAAAGCCACCAUGUUACCCCUCUAAGCCAAGAAAGAAUUUGGUGGCCAAUCGACUCCCGUUGAUCAGCUUCUGUAUCUAUUUUUCUUCAUGAUCCGCGGCCGAGUAUAGGCAGCCUUAGAUACCCACCACCCCCUCCCUGCCCCCUUCUCCCGGCGCAAGAGUGCGCGAGGCCAGAGGGCCCGCGGGGGGAGGAUGAUGUGCCAACGGAAGAGGAAGACCACCAGAGGUGAGGAUUUCUCUGCCAUCGCUGUCCCGUCCAUGAAGGGCCAUGGCUACCUGGACUACACCAUCGAGAACCACCCCUCCAAGGCCCUGAAGAUCAUGGAUGAGUUCCGGAGGCACGGGCUCCUCUGCGACCUGGUCCUCCACGUGACCUACAAAGACACGCAGGAGGACUUCAAGGUUCACAAGGUCGUCCUGGCCUCCUGCAGCCCCUACUUCAAGGCCAUGUUCACCAGCAGCUUCCGGGAGUGCCAGGCCUCGGAGGUGACGAUCCGCGACGUGUCCCCCCGCGUCAUCGAGCGGCUCAUCGACUUCGCCUACACGGCCCGCGUGACGGUGGGCGAGGCCUGCGUGCUGCACGUGCUGAUGGGCGCCAUGCGCUACCAGAUGGAGGACGUGGCCAAGGCCUGCUGCAGCUUCCUGGCCCAGCACCUGGAGCCCGCCAACGUCAUCGGCAUCACCAGCUUCGCCGAGGACAUCGGCUGCCGGGAGCUGCACCUCAAGGGGCGAGAGUACAUCAACACGCACUUCAGCGAGGUGACGAAGGAGGGGGAGUUCUUCAACCUGUCCCACUGCCAGCUGCUGGACCUCAUCAGCCAGGACAGCCUGAAGGUGCUGUGCGAGUCGGAGGUGUACAAGGCCUGCAUCGAGUGGGUGCGCUGGGACGUGGAGGGCCGCGCCCAGUACUUCCACGCCCUCCUGAACGCCGUCCACAUCUACGCCCUGCCCCCCAAGUUCCUCCAGGCCCAGCUGCAGGGCUGCCCCAUCCUCAGCAAGGCCAACUCCUGCCGGGACUACCUGUCCCGGAUCUUCCAGGAGAUGGCCCUGCGCAAGCCCCUCCCGCCCGCCCGCCACCGCGGCAACCAGCUCAUCUACGUCGCCGGGGGCUACCUGCGGCACUCGCUGGCGGUGCUGGAGGCCUACGGGCCCGGCGCGCGCCGCUGGAUCCGGCUGGCCGACCUGGCGGAGCCGCGGAGCGGGCUGGGCGCCUGCGUGCUGUUCGGCCUGCUCUACACGGUGGGCGGCCGGAACAACUCCGUGCAGGAGAACACGGACUCGGCCGCGCUGCACUGCUACAACCCCAUGACCAACCAGUGGACGCGGCGGGCCGCGCUCAACGUGCCGCGCAACCGCGUGGGGGUGGGCGUGGUCGACGGCAGCAUCUACGCCGUGGGGGGGUCCCACGGCUCGGCCCACCACCGCAGCGUGGAGAGGUACGACCCCGAGCUGAACCAGUGGACGCUGGUGUCCCCGAUGACGGUCCCGCGGCUCGGCGCGGGCGUGGCCGCCUGCGGGGGGCAGCUGUACGUGGUCGGGGGCUUCGAUGGCGAGAACCGCUGGAACACGGUGGAGCGCUAUCACCCCGAGACCAACUCCUGGCACAGCGCUGCCCCGAUGGCCUCUGUGCGCAGUGGCGCAGGUGUGGUGUGUCUGGGCGGCUACAUCUACGCGGUGGGAGGGUACGAUGGCUCGGCACAGCUCAGCAGCGUGGAGCGUUACAAUGUGGCCCUGGACUGCUGGGAGCCCGUGGCCCCCAUGAGGAACUGCAGGAGCGCCCAUGGAGUCGCCGUCUACCAGGGCAAGAUCUACGCGCUGGGCGGCUUCAAUCAGUCGGGCUUCCUGUCGAGCGUGGAGUGCUACAGCCCGGAGACGAACGAGUGGGCCGCCGUGGCCGACAUGCCCCUGGGGCGCAGCGGGAUGGGCGUGGCCGUCACCAUGGAGCCCUGCCCUGGCAACCUGGAGGAGGAGGAGGAGGAGGGGGAGGAAGAGAACGGGUGACCACGAGGGAUAAACUUCACCCAGGGCGAUGCCGGUUUAGGGAUCUGGCACGUGGGGAGGCCGAUACCUGGCUUGCAGGCAUGGGGAGUUAAUGAAAGACACAAGAAGCUGUCUGAAAAGGGAAGAUCACCGUUCUUUACCAAGCUCAUGAAUGCCUGCAUUUAAAAAGCUGGGUCACACUCCUUCUGCUCAGUCUUUAUUCCCUUUUCUGCACUUGCACCCCAGGAGCUCUGGCCUGAACCCCAGAGCCUUGUACAGUAAUUGAGUUGACUCUCCCCUCCCCCCUGCAAAGCUGGGUUUUACCUUGCUUGGUACCCUGCAACACACGUUGCGUCUGAAACAGUGUUCAGUCCCCUGGGCAGCGUGCAGGACUAGCUUACACUUCAGAUGUACAGGGGCUCUCCUGCUCGCUGCCCAGAGCUGGACUGCAGCAGUGUGGCCAGCCUGCGCUGACCACUCUCUCUCCUCCUGUCGGCCUCGGACCACACCGCCCCUCUCCGCAGGCAAAGGCAAACAUCUGGAGCAGCUGGUGCGCCCCCUGCAGGCGCUCAGAGGCGCAGGCCUGCCUGGUUGCCGAAGCUGUCGCUGCUAAGGACUGUAGGACAGAGACACUUGAGCUGACCGGGUGACACGCUGGUUAGUGUCCAUGUCCAAUUCCUGAAUGAAGAUUUUCUCAACGCACCUCAGCAUCUUCAGGGUAUACGUUUUGUGUAAUUUAUUUGUUUCUGUACAGUAAUGGAACUCAUCUGUGUUAUUCACAGACUAUAUUUUAUGUCAUUGCUAAAUUAAAGGUGCAAAUUA